CGAUUGGAUGUUGCCAUGGCAACCGAUGUAAACUUUCGUCCGUCAUUUUAUCCGGCUUCAGAUGUAGAGAGGUUAGAAAAAUAAGUGAAACGUACAAUCAUGAUGAAAAUAUUUUCGUUGCAUGAAUUUGAUACUCCUUCUGAUGAUAAUUUGGCUACUGUUGCACUUAUAGAAGAUGUUGUACAUUGUUGUGACUAUGAGAACUUGACAGAUGAAUUACAACCCUUUUCAAAAUAUCUGCGAGAUUAUCCAGAAGUUGACAUUACUUCUGAUAUUCUUGCUACACGUGAUACAUCGCAUGCUUUUUGUACUGGAGACUUAUUUUUACCAGUCCAAAACAGCAUUUUUAAAAAACUUGCUAGUAUAUGCAGGGAAAGAGGAUUAGUUGAAGCUAUUUGUGUGGCUGCAUCCAGCGAACCCCAAGAAGUUACGCCAGUCUUGCAUUGGAUAGCUACAAGACUCAAGUGGAUUUUGGAUUUAAUAGAUAGAGGAAUAUAUCAGAGAGAAACCUUGCCUACUUUUGGAUUUGGUUCAAUUGCGGAUAUUGUUCACACAAGAGAUUGGGAAACAUCUUUGAUCAGAUGUAUCUCUUGGCAUCCACAUUGUGCAAGACUGGCAGUAACCACAAGAGAUGAUCGUAUACGGAUUUUUUCUCAGGAAAUACCAAUAAUACCAAUUUUAAAGCACAGUGCUCAAAAAUCUGUUUGUUGUAUAACUUGGAGACCACUUGCUGGCAAAGAACUGGCAGUAGCAUGUCACGCGGGUGUCUUAAUUUGGACAAUAGAACUAGGAGCAGCCAGUAAUUUUCUUAGUCAUGCAGUGUUAUUAAAACAAAGAAAUCAUGCUCCUGUAACAAGUGUUGUAUGGCAUCCACAGGGUGAUCUGUUGGUAUCAUGUUCACCAACGGAUACGCGCAUGCUUAUUUGGGAUACUUCUAAAAAAGAAUCUGUUCCUUUAAGACGAGUUGGUGGUGAUGGCUUAUGUUUUGCAUGUUGGUCACCUUGCGGUUCUCGAUUGUUUUCAGCCACAUGUAGGAAUAUAUUUAGAGUUUGGAACACGGGAGUAGCAACCUUGUGGCAUGCAGACAAAUGGACAGUGCCUAUUGGUCGUGUGGCUGUUGCAUGUUUUGGUCCAAAUUUGACUCUGUUAUUUGCAACAGACGAAAAUCCUGGCAAGAUCUUUUUUUUACCACUGCAAGAAAAUAUUUUCGAUGUUAAAAAGCUUUCUCUCGACGAUGUAAAAAUGGCCGUACCUUUAAUAGACUUAACAAAGGUUAACUUCUUGGAUGAUAAUUAUGUUACUGUCGGCGGAAGAGUAACUGCAAUGAAGUGGGAUCCUACAGGGAGAUAUCUCGCUAUUCUCUUCCAGGACAGUCCAUACAUCGCAUUGGUUAAAACCAAACUAGGAAAUUUGUCGCGUGUGAUUGACAUUAAACCAGGUUGUUUUAUUAAAGGAUUCUCGGGGGAAGUUCCUAAUUGCAUAGAUUUCUAUCAGAAAUGUCAGAAAGAAUUAGGCAAUUUGGUUUGUUUAACAAUUGCAUGGAGCAGUGGUCGUAUUCAACAUUUUCCAAUAAUUGAAAAAGAAAUUGUUCCUGCUGUGAACACGAGUACCUCGCUUUUAUCGUAUUCAUUGCCGUCAAGACACGAUACGUACAAUUUUGAUUUGACUGCCAUUUAUUAAUAAUAUUGAUUGUUUGAUUUUCGGGCAAGAACUAUGAAAAUUUUAUUUUUAAUUAUUUCGUUUAUUAUUAACAUAGGUCUAAAUAUUUUUGUUAAAUCGAAUAUAAAAGAGCAAUAAAUCAUUUGUAUGGA